AUGGACACGUCGGGCACCACGUCUUCGGCUCUCGUCAUUUGGGGCAGCACUGGCAGGCGGCUUCAGUUCACACGGCAAGACCUCCGCAUGCCUGAAAGUGUAAAGGAGCGGUCGAAUCAUAACUUCUUUGAGAAACAAUGGGAUGCCGUGGCGGGGUUUUGGAUGAAUCGCGUGGUGAAGGAAACUGCCCUGCAGCAUGCGACCGUGGAUGAUAUUGUGAGGUGUAUCAUUAAGGAUAUUGAGAGGCGCUGGGAACAGCGGAAACGGGAGAAGGCGCUCUACAAGAGACGGAAACGGCUUCUGGACCCACAAGGAACCCCCGCAUUCGGUGUUCCGUCGCCGCAUGUCCUGUUAACAAAUUUUGUUUCACUGCAGAUGUACCGACAUCUUUCACUGAGUGAAGGGCCACUGGAUGAGUUACUGCGGGCGGUGUUGGGCAAAGUAGAGGAGGUCGCCAAGGAGAAAAUAAUCAAUUAUCAAGUGCUUGUGGAUGACGGUGGUGAUGCAUGCGGCAGCGGUGGCGGUGGAGGUGACAGGGAUGGAGAGGUGGAUUUGGAACCAGUGGGGAAACGACUAAAGAUGGAGGAGAGGAGGGCGCCAACAAAUGGGGAGGAGGAAUCGAAUGGCGGUGAGGCGAAGGAGGAACUGGAACCGCCUGCUUUUGACGAUCAUGUGGCGCUUGUAUGCACACUUUCCUCGAAGUCUAGUGCCGCUAAUGUUGUGGCGGAGCUUCACGGCAGUGUAUUUGACUCACGCGCGAUUAUGUGCCGCUUUUACGACUUGUAG